GCCCCCCUCCUCCCUCCCCCCUUCUCCCCUGUAUGUUUUUGUUAGGGGAAAAGUUGCUGGUAGGUAGCUAAUAACGUUAGGUCGUGUGGAUGUAGCGUGUCCGUCGUGUUUCGCCCCUCGGGUAACAAUGCGGGGGUCUGCGAGCGUUUGACUUACGAAAAAAAAAAAAGGAAAAGUCGGAGAGCGAGCGAGGGGCUUCGCGGAGCUUCACGUCCCAUCUGGCCCGGAUCCGAAAAAAAAAAUCUCAGUGGCCAUCAUCGUUUCACCUCUGCCGUCUCGUUAGCCACCUAGCUAGCUCCGCCACUAGCCUAGCCGCUAGCACCGUUAACUUACCUCCGCGAAGUUAACGCCGCCUCGCCUCACGGCGCGUCUCUCGUUGGCGGCUUCUGGCUCGGGGGAGAAUAAAGCCACCGCAGAGAUGGCGGAAACCAAAAUAAUCUACCACAUCGACGAAGAGGAGACGCCGUAUUUGGUGAAGAUACCCAUCGCAGCCGAAAAUAUCACUUUGCUGGAUUUUAAACAGGUCUUGAACAAGCCGAACUACAAAUUCUUCUUCAAGUCUAUGGACCAGGACUUCGGGGUGGUGAAAGAGGAGAUUUCCGAUGACGGCGCCAAGCUGCCUUGUUUCAACGGCAGAGUGGUUUCAUGGUUGGUGUCUUCAGACGCUACGACGGCGGAGCCCCCAGUGGCUGUGGUCCCUCCGGUGGAGGCAACGCCGCAGCCUUCGCCCCCUCCUCCGCCCCUCCCACCGCCACCGGCGGAGAGGACCGGGGGCAUCGGGGAUUCCAGACCGCCCUCCUUCCACCCCAACGCGACGGGCAGCGUGGAGACGCUGGACGACCAGACGGAGACCGAGUCCGUGGUCUCCUUCAGGAGGGAGAGACCUCGGCACAGAGAGAGCUUGGAGCCUCACGGGCCUCGAAUGAACGGCCAGACCCGACUGGAGCGCCACCUGGCGGGUUACGAGAGCUCCAGCACGGUGAUGAGCAGCGAGCUGGACACCACCAGCUUCUGCGACUCUGAGGACGACGACACCAUGAGCAGGUUCAGCAGCGCGACAGAGCAGAGCACGGCCUCGAGGCUCCUCAAACGCCACCGCAGGCGCCGGAAACAGCGCCCCCCGCGCCUGGAGAGGGCCUCAUCCUUCAGCAGCGUGACCGACUCCACAAUGUCCUUGAACAUCAUCACCGUCACUCUCAACAUGGAGAAGUACAACUUCCUGGGCAUCAGCAUCGUGGGCCAGAGCAACGAAAGGGGCGACGGAGGCAUCUACAUCGGCUCCAUCAUGAAGGGAGGAGCCGUGGCGGCGGACGGACGCAUCGAACCUGGCGACAUGCUGCUGCAGGUGAAUGACAUCAACUUUGAGAAUAUGAGUAACGACGAUGCGGUGCGGGUCCUGAGGGAGAUCGUACACAAGCCCGGCCCCAUCAUUCUGACGGUGGCCAAGUGCUGGGACCCGUCUCCUCAGGGCUACUUCACUCUGCCUCGCAAUGAACCCAUCCGACCCAUCGACCCCGCGGCCUGGGUGAGCCACUCCGUUGCCAUGACGGGGGUCUACCCCCCCUUCCCAGGCAGCUCCUCCCUCAGCACCAUCACCUCGUCGUCCUCCGUCACGGAGACCGAACGCUUCGAUGACUUCAACUUAUCGCUGCACUCCGACAUGGCGUCCGUCGCCAAGGCGAUGGCCUCCCCAGAGUCUGGUCUGGAGGUCAGGGACCGCAUGUGGCUGAAAAUCACCAUCCCCAACGCCUUCCUGGGCUCCGACGUGGUGGAGUGGCUCUUCCACCACAUCGAGGGAUUCCAGGACCGCCGCGAAGCCAGGAAGUACGCCAGCAACCUGCUGAAGGCCGGCUUCAUCCGGCACCCCGUUAAAAAGUUCACCUUCCCCGACAAGGGUUACUAGUUCUUCGGGAAACUGAGCGCCUGCUUUCCAGACAUGGCCAACCUCUCCCUGAACGACAACGACGGCUCCAGCGGGGCCUCGGACCAGGACACGCUGGCCCCCCUGCCCCUGCCCGGGGCCUCCCCGUGGCCCAUGAUGCACACGUUCCCCUACCAGCCCUACCCGACGCACGCCUUCUCCAGCCAGCCGCCGCCGUACCACGAGCUCACCAGCUACAGCUACGCCCCCGGCAGCACGGGCAGCCAGCACAGGGAAGGGAGCCGGAGCAGCGGCUCGACGAGAAGCGAGGGCGAGCGGCGCCGCAGCACCAAAGGCCCCGGCAGCACCGUGGGCGGCGGGGAGAAAUCCCCCUCCGGCGUGGCCGUGGAGGGCGACUCGCGCUCCGGCAGCGGCAGCGAAUCCGAGUACUCCACCCGCAGCAGCCUGAGGCGGGGCCACGGCUCGGCCGCCCCCAGCGAGCACAGCCACGCCUCCUCCCAGCGGUCGCAUCACCACCGCCUCCCCCAGCCGCCCCACAUGUCUCCCUACCCGCCGGGCAUCCUGCCCUACAACCCCAUGAUGGUGAUGAUGGUGCCCCAGCACCCGCACCCGGCCAUGGCCGCCCACGGCCACCCCCACGCGCAGCAGCUGGUCGCCGGCCCCAUGCACCCGACUCUGGCCCCGAUGCCCUCCUCCACCCCGGGGGGGCCCCCCGGCGCCCCGCCCACCCGCGACCUGGGCGCCGUGCCCCCGGAGCUGACGGCGUCCCGCCAGUCGUUCCACCUGGCCAUGGGAAACCCCAGCGAGUUCUUCGUGGAUGUCAUGUAGUCCUUUUUUUUGUUUUGUUUGUUUUGUUCAUUGUCUUUCCUGUGUCGUGGCGUCCAGUGACCUUUCACGUGAAGUUGGUGUGCGGCUCGCACUUGUUCUGACGAGGAUCCGGCGGUAGCUUUGUGAGCGCACGAGGGCCUUUCGGAUUGAGGGCACUAGUUGCAAAUUUGGUGAGAACAGGGUUUAACACUGACAAAGACGAGAGAGAAAAACAAGCAAGACGAAAACACUAACGUGGGAUACGGUCGCUACAUGUCAGCGACUGUUCUGCUAUUAAAAUCCACUACAUUACCGUUAUCUUUCCAAACUUCAAUCCGAAAGAAAAAAAGUUCUGUUUCCCUUUUCUGCGACUUUCUGCACAAGAUAAAUCCUUUUGUCUAUCAGCACCUCGGCACCCCGAGCUUUUUAAAACCCACCCAAAAACGGAAACGCAAUAUACUAGGAAGGGAAGCAUCUCGAACCCUGUCCAUCCAGGGAGCGCACGGACCACAGCUCAACAGCAGAGGGCGCCACGCACUCCAAAAGGAUCCAAUCCUGCACGCACAUCUGGUUCGUAAGUGCCUUACUCUUUGUUUUACAAAGAGACAUUUUCACUCUCCGGGUACAUCAAAUAACUUCCAGCGUUGUUUGUCAAUUCUCAUGCGUGUCUGCGUGCGUGCGUGUGUGUGUGUGUGAAUAGAAAUACUUCUCCAAUGUAAAUGCGACAACACAGAACGCUCUAAUGUGAAAAGAAUAUCGGUCCAGAAAAAACGGUCAGGUGAAGUGGUGUAAUGGAAAACACUGCCCAGGCGUCAGUAACUCUUAACUGUGAGGAGUUUUCGGUAUCGGACCGCAGAGACUCAACGGUACUAAUACGUGCAGACAAAACGCUGAAAGUGGUACUUUUUGAUUACAUCCAGUGUAUAUCUGAAGUAACUGUGAUCCAAAUGCCCCCAUGCUUGUUUUUUAUGUAACUGACUCGCAUUAUUCACCACAUUUCAUUUCUUUUUGUAUGAGUGACUAUAUAAAUCAUGUAUAACCGAACUAUUAAGGUGCUAAAUGAAGAUUCGACAUUUCAAAAACAGUGACAUCGACUGUCUCGUUGUUUGAUUUUAUAUUACCACCUGUUUGUGUACUUGAGAAUAAAUUUGAUACUUACCAAAAA